AUGGAGAAUCCGUGGAAAUGUGAGGACUGUGGGAAAAGAUUCACUUGUUCGUCCCGGCUGGAUAUACACCGGCGCAUUCACACCGGGGAGAGGCCGUUCACCUGCUCCGAGUGCGGGAGGAGGUUCACUCAGUCGUCGGGCCUUUCUCUGCACCAGCGGGUUCACACCGAGGAGAAGCCGUUCGCCUGCUUUGUGUGCGGGGAGAGAUUCGAUCAGAUAGACGCCCUCCAGUCCCACCACUACUUUCACACCAAGGAGGAUCCGUUCAUCUGCGCGUCCUGCGGGAAGACCUUCAGGCGGACAGCGGAUCUCCAAGAGCACCGACGCACUCACAGUGGGGAGCAGCCGUUCACCUGCUCCGUGUGUGGCAAGGGGUUCCCGUGGUCGUCCCAGCUGCUAACACACCAGCGAGUGCACAGUGCGGAUCGGCCGUUCAGCUGCUCCGUGUGUGGGAAGGGAUUUGCUCAGCCAUCCGAACUGCUUAAGCAUCAGCGCGUUCAUAAGUGACUGCCGUUAAUUCAGAUUGUUCACAAUAUCGAUAGUCUAACACUAUUAGGUUUGUUUCUGCUGUCGUUAACAGCCCCGGUAACAAGCCAGAGUUUAAUAUUUCAUCCGUUGUUCAGAGCUGUU